GCUGAGGCCUCAAGCGCGCACCAGCUGUUGCACGAUGGUGAUACAUCCAAUCCUUCUAGCUCUGCAAGCCAAACUGAAAGCUCGGAGAGCCAACACAACGACGGCAAGAAGGCCAGGCGCGUGGUGGCUUGGGGCAAGGAUCAUGUGAAGAAGUUCUACGCGGAACUCAAAGCAGUGGCGAAGCACACUUCCCCCACCAAUAGGACCGCCUGGGACGCCACUGCGAAGAAAGUGGAAGAGCUGGCCCAUUUUCUCGAAAGCAAGGACCAGCUAGAAUCCGAAGCCGACGAGGAAGAUGAGGCCGACGAUUCAGAGGACGAGAACCUUGGCGAAGGUAUGUGGUCAGUCGGGUCUGAGCACCAUGCGACAGGGCAAUGCAGGCCGUGCCAUUAUGUCUUCGCGAAAAGUGGUUGUACAAACGGCGCAGCGUGUACGUUCUGCCAUUUCCAACACCCGAAGAGGUUCCGGCCAAGACCCUGCAGGUCCAAGCGAUACAAAUGCAAACGCCUGGCGUCGGUUUUGGACAAGGUGUUUGACAACGACCCUGAUUCUUUUCAAAGCCUGGUGGAGGAGCUGAGCUCCCAAGGUGGCUACCUGAACACGGUUGUCAAGAGCAAGGUUAGAAGCCUGCAACAGCGGACUCAGGGUCCGCAACCGCUGAGCCCACCGCGUCGAGCUCUGCAACCAGGUCUGGUGUCUCUUUGA